CAGUGUCAGUACAGGCAUUCUCGGACCCUCAGAGGAUUGUGUGGUUACAUUCACUCCUCUUCCCAAGGCCAUGAGAUUCACGGCUCUCCUCUUCUUGGCAGCUCUGGCUGGGAUCCUGGUCUGUGCCCAAAAUUCUACUCCGGUCCAGGAACCUGUGACCCCUAAAGCUAAUAAGACGACGACAUGUGUAGUGGAAUCUGCUUCACCCCAAAAGACAACCCAGGAGACUUCGGCAGUGACUCAGGAGAAAACCACCUUAGUAUUCAAACCCCUGCGACUCGGGAUAGGAAAAGGUCUUGGGGUAGAAAAAGGUCUCGAGCUAGCCAAAGGAGCCAGAGAAAAACUACGUGAAAAAUUUGAAGAUGGAAAGAAAUUAAUCGAAGGGGUGGGAAAAGGUCUCUGGGUAAGAAAAGUCUCAGGCUAGCCAAAAGAGCGGGAGAAAAACUACGUGAAAAAAUUAAAGUUGGGAAAAAAUGAAUCAAAGUCCUGCCCGGGUGGUGGGAGAGGGCAGGUCCCUUGUUCUCCGGUGACUCUAACCGCCGUCCCUCUGAUUUUGGUACGAGGCCCCUCCAGGGGCUCAGUGAGGCUGGGAAGCAGAAGAUGGAGCAGAGGAGGAAGGAAAGGGUGGAGCUGGUGCCUCCAAACUUCAAGCCUCAUUCUCCUCUCCACUAUACUCUAGAUGCAGCCGAAUUUGCACAAACCCUGAGGAAAAAAUUCACUUCUCCAAUAUUUUCACUCUGAGAAACUGAACAGAAUGGGUCUCUGGACUUACCGCCUUAAACAUGCUUGUAGCCUAGAGAGAUUAAACUGAAAGCAUUCAG